AUGGAGUGGAGAGGCUAUCUCUAUUUGGCAGUGCUGCUGGCCCUACUGGGGACGAACCUGCCCAUCAGUCUCAUUGGCGGCCUGAUCGGGAAAACACAAAUUGACAAAGAAACGCUUCUUCGUUGGGCCGACCGUAUGCCGCUCAACAAUGAGAACUGCGUUGUAAGCAAAGUGGCUGACGCUUGUGAGGACGUCGCAAUCCACUACGCGACCAACACAGCCUUCCUAGCCUGCGGCAAUGGAAAGGAGCGCGCGCUGUGGUAUCCUGGGGCCGGAAUGCGUUCUGCGAAGCAGCGCUCGGAAGUGUCUUUUCGGGAGUCUUUAUUCAAGUAUGAUUUUCGAUCAGGCGAAACAGUGGAGCUGGUAGUUGUGGGACUGGACGGUGAUUUUGUAACGCAUGGAAUUGACCUAUUCCAGUUGCCUAAUGUUGAGAACAAGAUUCAUGUCUUUGCCGUCCGCCAUGCAAGAGAAGGCGACUCAGUCAGCAUAUUUGAGCAUGAGCUUGGCUCCAAUGUCGUCAGGCUGAUACGAGAUGUCAAACACCCUGGUAUCAAAACUGCCAAUGGCGUUGCGGCCGUUGGAGAACUGCAAGUUACCGAUACUAACCCUGCCAAUGACGGGCCCCUGCGACAUCUAGAGGAAUGGAUCGGGCCGUUUGACUGGUCGACUGAUGUGCAGCACUGCGAUGCGUCACAAGAGGUGGUUCGGUGUCGGCAAGUGACGCCGAGAUUUCCGGGUGCAAAUGGACUCGCAGUGUCUGACGGUCAGAUGUUCGUGGGCGAUGCCAGAAAUGGGACCGUAACAAUCUAUCGUCUUGGUACGGAACAGGCAGCAAAGUUUGAGCGGCAGAUUGUGCUCGGGGCCGCUGCAGAUAACCUAAAAGUCAUUCCCGCGACGGGAGACGUCAUCGCCACCGUCUUCCCAAACAUUGAGAACCUGGCCCUCUACCUGCGGAAUACGGAGAAACUUGGCAAGGAGAUGCCCGUCCCUUCGGCGGCACUGCGGCUGCGCAAAGAUCGGGACUUUGAGCCAGAGCUAUUUUAUUUUGAUGACGGGGGCGUGCUGAGUCAUAUGACAAGCAUGGCUGUCGAUGCAUAUAAUGAGGUUGCUAUCGGCGGAUCCGUGCUGCAGACUGGCGGAUUUGCUGUUUGUAAAUUAUCAAAGGCGACAGUCAGGGCUUUGGCUUAG